AUGGCGCCGAAGAAGUUCAAGACGCUGGAUAGCUUCAUGGAGGAGCAGGGGCCGGACCCGAGCCUGACUCCGUCGCCGUUCGGAGGGUACUUCAGCAAGGCAGAUGCGGGGCAGGGCGGAAGGCGCGAUUGGAACAAGGGCGCGGCGCGGCCGGGCGGCCAGGGAGGCUACCAGGCGGGCUACGCGGGCUACGGCUACGGGGGCUACGGGGGCUACCAGGCGGGCUACCAGGCGGGCUACGGGGGGCAGGGCUACCAGGCGCAGGGCUACCAGGCGCAGGGCUACGGCUACCAGGCGCCGCAGGGCGGACGGGCGCCGCAGGGCGCCGGGGUGGCGUCGCCGCCCGCGGGGAUCACGCCCUCGGGGUCUGCGGUGUCGCUGACGUCGCUGACGAACAGCCUGUCGGGAAUGGAGCUGACGCCGCUGUCGAAGCACGUGGAGGCGCUGGCGGGCGCGGGCAGCAUCGCGGAGGUUCGGAGGUAUGUUGCGGACGCGACCGCAGAGUUUGACGGCGAGGGCGCCGGCGCGCGCGACAUUGUGGGCUGGGACGUGGCGGGGGUCAUCUCCAAGCUGCUGCGCCCGAAGAACCCUGCGCUGCUGCGCGAGGGCGCGAUGCUGCUGAUCAGCGCGAUCGCGGCGCGGUUCAGUGGCCACGGCGUGGACGAGUGCCACCUGUUGCAGCUGCUGCCAUUGGCGCUGGACGGGCUUGCGGAAAAGGAUGCCACCGUCAAGCGCGAGGCACAGCACGCGGUGAACGCGAUCUACGGGGCCUUCCCGACGGAGGCUCUGGCGCCGGCGGUUCUACCAGCGCUACUGUCGUACCUGGUCUCGGGUGCGAAGUGGCAGUCGAAGCUGGGCGCGCUGAAGCUGGUUGACAAUGUGCGCGAGGACUCGCCCAGCGACAUGCUGGAGAUGAAAUUCAAGGAGAGUGUCCCAGUGCUGACGGACCUGGCCACCGACUUCAAGCCGGAGCUUGCGAAGCAGGGCUAUGCAACGCUGCUCGCCUUUGUUUCUAUUCUUGACAACCUUGACCUGCAGCCACGCUUCAAGCUGAUUGUCGACACGCUGCAGAACCCCAAGCUGGUCCCUGACAGUGUGAAGUCGCUGUCGAGUGUGACCUUUGUCGCGGAGGUGACGGAGCCUGCGCUUGCGCUUCUUUGUCCGAUUUUGAACAGGUCGCUGAACCUCUCUUCCUCCUCCCAGGAGCAGCUAAGACAGACCGUCAUUGUUAUCGAAAACUUGACGAGGCUGGUCAACAACCGCAUUGAGAUUGAGAGUUUUAUUCCUCAGCUGCUACCUGGCGUGAAGAAGGUGUAUCAGACCGCCACGAUGCCCGAGGUUCGGGAGCUGGCAGAAAAGGCGCUACAGGUGCUUGAAGAAGAUGAGUCGAAGGACAGCAAGUCUUUCCCCGGUAAGAUCACAGACGAAGAAGGCCUCGAGUUCCUAGAGGGUGCUCUCAAGAAGCUUGGGCAGAGUCCCCUUGAGGAUGCCGAGGCCAAUAAGGAAAGCAUCGAGUACUUGGGCAAGGUCCUGACUGCGCUGGCCAACGCAAAUGAUUGGAAGACUCUCGAGAAGCUUCUACUGAAAGUACUGGGCGAUGAGCAUGCGGAGGCAAUUGAGCAACAUUUCAUCCGGGACUUGAGGCUCAUCUUCCACCAGGAGCGGGCGGCGUCAGGAGAUGACGAGGGAGUCGAGAUUGUCAACACCGAUUUUUCGCUUGCUUAUGGUUCUAGGAUGCUACUGAACAAAACUACUUUGCGCUUGCUGAAGGGCCAUAGAUAUGGUCUCUGUGGCAGAAAUGGUGCUGGUAAGUCUACUUUGAUGAGAUCGAUCUCCAACGGCCAACUAGAAGGCUUCCCUUCGCAGGAUGAACUCAAAACUUGUUUUGUAGAGCGCGCUUUGGAGGGCGAAGAUGGGUCUGUCGAUAUUGUCUCAUUCCUGGCGUCGGCUCCUUCUCUAGAGAACACUCCUCGGAAAGAAAUUGUAGCUGCACUUGAGUCUGUUGGCUUUGAUGCUGACAGAAGAGCUCAGACAGUUGGUUCCCUCUCUGGUGGCUGGAAGAUGAAACUGGAGCUAACGAGGGCAAUCCUUCAGAAAGCCGAUAUUUUGUUGCUGGAUGAACCUACUAACCACUUGGAUGUUGCGAACGUCAGAUGGCUGGAAGAGUACUUGCUGAACAACACUGAAAUCACAUCGCUGAUAGUGUCUCACGAUACUGGAUUCCUCGACAAGGUGUGUACCGAUAUUAUCCACUACGAAAAUAAGAAGCUCGCUUACUACAAGGGGAACUUGCACGACUUUGUUGAGCAGAAACCGGAGGCUAAAUCUUACUAUACUUUGACGGAUUCAAAUGCUCAGAUGCAUUUCCCCGCGCCAGGUAUCCUCUCCGGUGUGAAAUCGAACACCAGAGCCGUCGCCAAGAUGACAGAUGUUACUUUCACUUAUCCCGGUGCACCUAAACCUUCCAUGGCAGACGUAUCGUGCUCGCUAUCACUAUCAUCUCGUGUUGCCAUUAUCGGCCCUAACGGUGCUGGUAAGUCGACUCUUAUCAAGCUUCUAACUGGCGAGUUGGUGCCCACCUCAGGUAAGGUCGAAAAACACCCUAACCUACGUAUUGGUUACAUCGCACAGCACGCUCUUCAGCACGUUAACGAGCACAAGGAGAAAACUGCGAACCAGUAUCUCCAGUGGAGGUACCGCUUCGGUGACGAUCGUGAAGUUCUUCUAAAGGAAUCGAGGAAAAUCUCUUCGGAAGAGGAGAUGAAGAUGAUGGAAACCGAAAUUGAUAUCGGAGACGGAAGAGGGAAGAGGGCAGUCGAGGCUAUUGUAGGCAGACAGAAGUUGAAGAAGUCGUUCCAGUAUGAAAUUAAGUGGAAGUGGUGGAAGCCAAAGUACAACUCGUGGGUCCCCAAGGAGGUGCUGGUUGAACACGGGUUUGAAAAACUCGUUCAGAAGUUCGAUGACCAUGAAGCCUCGAGAGAGGGUCUAGGCUACCGUGAAUUGGUACCCAGCGUUAUUACAAAACAUUUUGAAGACAUUGGGCUUGACGCAGAGAUCGCCAACCACACACCUUUGGGUUCUCUUUCCGGAGGUCAGCUGGUGAAGGUUGUCAUUGCGGGUGCAAUGUGGAACAAUCCUCACUUGCUCGUGCUGGAUGAGCCUACUAACUAUCUGGACCGUGACUCGUUGGGUGCGCUUGCAAUGGCUAUCCGUGAGUGGACGGGAGGCGUGGUCAUGAUCUCACACAGUACCGAGUUUGUGGGCGCUCUCUGCCCAGAACAGUGGAUUGUCGAGAACGGCACGAUGGUACAGAAGGGCGUCGUCACCGUUGACCAGUCGCGCUUCGCUGACGGUGGUAACGCCGAAGCUGUCGGUCUGAACAUCACCAAGACGGUAGUCGAUGACGACUCGCCGGCCAACAUCAAGGUCAGACAGAGAAAGAAGCGUAUGACCAGAAAUGAGAAGAAGGCCCAGGCGGAGCGCCGUCGUCUUCGGUACCUGGAGUGGCUCUCGUCGCCAAAGGGGACUCCAAAGCCGGUAGACACAGAUGACGAGGCAAGCGAUUCGGAAUAA